CGAAAGCAGAUUCAUUUCAAUUGAUAUAUAUCUAACACGAGAGAAACAGAUAAGCUCUUUCUGGCUUAGUUGUUACUGGAAAAAUUAGUAUUUGAAAGGUUUUAGUAGAAGAAUUACAGAAGGUAAAUUUAUGCUUACUAAAUUUGUUUGAAGACCUUCUUCAAACUGUUCCAGUCCAGUUGAAACUGAGCAAAAGAAUUUUAUUCUCCGCAAUUUUGAUCGAAUAUUAUCUUGAGCAAUUAUCUCUUCAAGCAAAAAGGAGAAAAAUAAAGAAAAUCAUGUCACUCAAAAUUUUAACUUCGGAACAAUAAAGGUCCAGUUGAAUGAAUCAUGGUAUUGUCAGUCUUUGCAUUAUUCUAGCCUAGUUGCAAUUGAUUUAAUUUUGGCGCCAAAAAUAUUCACAGUGUGAUAGUUCAAACCUCACUUCACCGAAUUUUGUCACCGGUUUUCAGGCCCAAAUGAAACUGAGAGUAUCUUUGAACUAGGUAUCUUGACAUCAUAACAAUCCAACUGCCGCCCAGAGAACUUUGCAUCCAGUAAUCUUCACAUCAUCACAAUCCAAUUUCAGUCUAAAGAACUUUGCAUCUAGUAAUCUUCAUAUCAACACAAUUAAACUGCAGUCUAAAGAAUUUUGCAUCUAGUAAUCUUCAUAUCAACACAAUCAAAUUGCAGUCUAAAGAAUUUUGCAUCUAGUAAUCUUCAUAUCAACACAAUCAAAUUGCAGUCUAAAGAAUUUUGCAUCCAGUAAUAUUCAUAUCAUCACAAUCCAAUUUCAGUCUAAAGGACUUUGCAUCCAGUAAUAUUCAUAUAAUCACAAUCCAAUUGCAGUCUAAAGAACUUUGCAUCCAGUAAUCUUCGUAUCAACACAAUCAAAUUGCAGUCUAAAGAACUUUGCAUCCAGUAAUAUUCAUAUCAUCACAAUCCAAUUUCAGUCUAAAGAACUUUGCAUCCAGUAAUCUUUACAUUAUCAUAAUCAAUUUGCAGUCUAAAGAAUUUUGCAUCCUGUAAUCUUCACAUCUUUUCAAUCCGAUUAGAGCUAUGUGAAUCUUCAUACCCGUCCCGUUCAGUUGAGAAGAUGCAUCCUAUGCAACUGAAUGAUUUUACAGUUAUUUUCAGGCGAUUGCUCGCACCAUGCAUUCGGAAACGCCGCUUGCUGUUGUCCAUAGUCAUUUUGUACGGCAUCGCUACCUACUUUUUACGGGAUCAAAUAAUGAAUGCUUUUAGCCAUAUUAGUUUUAAGACUUCAGCUGUACAGACUAUCACAGAAGAAACACCCAUGAGAAAAUUAAUUUUCCUUCAAGUGCUAUUUCGGCAUGGUCAUCAUUCGCCUUUCAGUAUUUUUCCGACUGACACAAAUCCAGAAAGUUACUGGGUCGAAGGCUUGGGCCAACUCACGAAGAUUGGCAGACUCCAGCACUACGUUCUGGGGCAAUAUUUGAGGAAGAUGUACGAAGAUUUCCUAAAUCACAGCGUACAAGAAGUAGAAUGUAUGAGCUCGCUCGCAUCCCGCAGUCUCUAUGGGGCCUACGCCUUUCUGGCAGGCUUCUACCCUGCUCCACCGGACAAAAGAGUGGAUGAAGAUCAGCCUUAUCAGCCCAUCCCUUGCUCAUACCUGCCACUGGAAACAGACAUGUAUUUGCAAUCUCUUCCUAACUGUGCAGCAUCCGAAAUGGACAAGACCACGAUGCUUCUCACCAAAGAGGCGAAACAGUUUAUGUCUGGAUACGAGGAUCUUUACAGAUUUUGGUCUGCAUAUAGUGGUCUUCCCAUAGAUAACUACGGAGCUGCUGGCAGUCUCUUCAAAACCCUAUUGGCUUUGAAAACCGAAAACUUGACCAUUCCGGAUUGGGCAGUGAGUACCUGGGAGUCUCUGAAGCAAAACAGUGAUAUCUGCUAUCAUUUUCACUUUAAAACAAGACUGCUUCACAGAUUGAGAGCUGGUCCAGUGAUUGGCGAGAUUGUGGGAAAAAUGAAAGAUAAAAUACAAAAUCCGAAAUCAAAAUUGAAGGCUUACGUAUAUUCAGGACAUGGCAGCAACGUGGCCGCCGUCCUCAAUGCUCUUCGAGUGUUCAACCACCGAGUUCCAACUUAUGCAUCCACUAUUUUGUUCGAACUGCAUAAAGAAGGGGAAAGAGGACACACCGUUAGACUUCUCCUCUCCAAUGCAACUCAGCCCGAAAAGCAUAUCCCACCUCUUCACAUACUGCAACUGCCCGGAUGUGGCGAGUACUGCCCACUGGAGGAGCUAGAGAGACAAACAGCCGAUCUUUACCCUUUGGAUUGGGAAAAAGAAUGUCAGGAAAUCGAUAAAGAUAGGAUCAGGCAGCUUGUGUAUGAAUAAAGACUGUUCGCCACUUUUGCUAAAAACAGAAAUCAAAUUCAUUUAAAACAUAUUCAAGGAGUGUGAAACCAUGAUAUCUUAAUAUUUAAAGAAGGAGCACUUGCUUAUUUCGUUUAUCUGCUAGGGGAUCAUUUGGUCAAAAAACAUCAGAAUUGAAGUGAAUUGAUAAAUUCAUUUAAAAGCAACUUUAUAAGUUCUUUAGAAAAAAGAAGGCCGAACCGCUAAAUAAAGAGAGAGGAAUGGCAGCAUCCACAAGAAUGAUAAAAUACGAAUAUCAUGAAGGAAUAUUUCGAAAUAUUUUGUAGCAAGAAUACGAAUUAUCUCGAGGGAAGAAUACGAAUAUCUUGAAGGAAGAAUACGAAAUAUCUUGAAGGAAAAAUACGAAUAUAUUGAAGAAAGAAUACGAAAUAUCUUGAAAGAAGAAUACGAAAUAUUCUGAGGGAAAAAUACGAAUAUAUUGAAGGAAGAAUACGAAAUAUCUUGAAGGAAGAAUACGAAUAUCUUGAAUAGGGAUUGCAAUACCGGACCAAAAUUUCAAUACCGGUAUUCGGUAUUUUUUAGAUCUUAAUACCGGGAUACCGGUAUUAAUACCGGUAUUAGAAAUUUUAGAAAAAGAAAGAAAACACAGGUGUUUCUUUGUUUUAUUUGCCAGUUUUAUAAGAGAGUGUAAAUAUCACAAAAAAUAAUAUGAAACUUAUAAAUUAUAACAGUAUAUAAAGAAUCACAAAAAAGUAAAGGAACAACUUAUUUAUUUAAAUCACAAAAAAAUGUAAAUAUCACUAUUCAGUCUGUGGUACUAUUACAAAUUUUUGAAAUGUGAUCUUAAAAAACAUGAUGCAUCAAUUGUACUGUCAUUAAAACUGAAAAGUAAUUUCGUGUAAAAAUUACCAGCUGUCGAAAACGCUCUUUCGGCAUCUACGCUAGUUGGUGAUACUAUUAGCAAUACGCAUUAUACUUUUUUCAAGUAUUUACCUCUAAAUCCCUCAUCUUCAAAUAAAUCGAUUUCUCGUCGGA